CCACGACGUCGCAUCAAUCAUGUCGAACAUUGAGCACGAAUAUCAUUGAUGAGUUUACAUAGUUGAGAAAUUUUCAGCACGACUAAACGACUACAUUUGCGUUUUCGGUCGGGCCUGGAGUGAGAAAGAAUACGAGAUUUUGAUCGGUGUCUAACUACAGAAACAAUAACACGAAUUCUUCAUUUCUUGAAUUUCAUUUCUCGUUCGAACUUGAUGAAGACUGAGAAACCCAUGGUCGACAACCCCACAUUAUGAAAGAAGCUAACCCAAAACUUAGAUAGUUUAUGCUGCAACGCAGAAACAAAAACAAUGAAAGAGGGCUAAAGGUUGAUGCUAGUUCUUCUAGUGAGUUUGAUGUGACUUACGUCGUAAAAAGCUCGAAGUUACCUAGAGGAAUCUGGGAUCCCAACCCCAAGAUUUCAAGAAAAUGUUAGGCGGCGGCCACAUCGUCCCGGCAGGGACGCCUUUCGGUGUAUGCACGCCUUCAUACUCGAGCGACUAUGUCAUUCCCUGUGCUCGCAGCAUACUCGAUCACGUGAAUCGCAUGCGAGUAGACCGGGGACUUUUUCCGCUCUCAACACACAAAGGCCUGUGUCGUGCAGCGGAACAGCAUGCAGGUACUACAUGAUCUCUUGCUUGGAAGAAAAGAAAGUAAACGUCGUUAUCUUGUUUCAUUACCAUUUUUGUAUACCUUUUUUGGUUCCGUUGAAUACUUCAGUAAGCACAUCAUGCUGCAAUUUGAAGAAACAAAUUUCACCAGCCAAAAUGUCUGAAGCGCUAGCUCCAUUCUCGCACCAAAACGCUCUUUCACGCAUAAACGAUGCUGGUGCAUUCGAGGGCUGCGGCGAGAACCUUGCGCGGUUAGAGAACUACGCCCUCGACAAGGUGCCCGAAGCAGCUGUAGACGGAUGGGUGCACUCGCCAGGACAUUUCCGAAAUAUGCUUUUACCAGAGUUCAACGUCUGCGGCAUAGGUAUCGCAACCUAUUUUCGAGGAGGAGUCGCCACAAGUGGCCGAAGUAGUGUUAAGGCGUCCCUCAGUACUAAUCCAUCUUCAGAAGCAUAUUGUUUGGUGACGCUGUCCCAUAUCAAGGUUUGAGAAAGAAGCACCAACAUGCACCUCAGGAUGGAUUAUAUGGGUGAGCUCUAAUAGUGAUGGCAGGGGAACAAGCAGUGCCUCGGCAGGUGGUGAUCAGGGGAUGCCGGAUCCCGAUAUGCCGUAUCAGGCGUCUCUGACUGGACAGUGCCCGCAGUCGCAAGAACCACGCGAGAGCGUCACCUUUGUCACUAUGCUUUUCGGCAUUGAGCGAGAGCACCCAAAAACGACAGCAAAAGAAAAAAUUCUGGAACGUAAUCGAUGUGCUUUUGACUAAGGACACAUUUCACAAGCACGUUGACGAAGUAAGUGUAGAGACUAGUUUCUUCCGAAGAAGUUUUUCCAACUUCCGAACUUUUCCAACAAAGAAAAAGAACAUCAAAACAAACUGCACUUGCAGGUACUGACGCAACGAUCUGUGCUUGUGGUGUUGUGGGCGCUGCUUUAGGAGGGCUCAUGACGGGUGGAAUGCUUGGUGUAGCUGCAGGUUCGUUCUUGCACAAAGCAGUCGGCAUUACACCGAAAGGGACUGCCUUUUGUAUCAAGGAAUUUGCGAAGCGCACCAUUCUUGGUGUGGGACGUCUCGAGUGCGCCUUUUGUGAUGGCAAGAAAAAAGCAAAGUACGAACUCGACGGUACAUUGUUCUGCGCAGAUUGUUGGGAUGAGCAACCGAUCCAUAGCAGUGGCGAACGAGAAACAUUCGUUGUUCUUUGA